UUUAUUUAAUUAUUGUUGUGAAUAUUGAGUUGAGUUGACGUAACAAUGAAGUGUUGUUAACAAUAUGCAUAUGCUAAACACCUAUUAUUGAUAAGGGUUUGUUAUCUAGAGGUUUGUAUAUUAGUUAUUUAAACAGAAAAACUACAGUGACCAUGUUUGCAAGUUUAAAAAAUAAAAUUCGAGAGGAAACAGGCAGUGAUGUUGUUAUUAAGGUUAAUCCACCAUUCGGGAAACGUGCCCCCUCAUCUCGGGGUCGACAUUCUCGAACAGGAUCCACAACCAGUUUAAAUUCAAUAAUGUCAACUGAUGGUGUUCGAGAUGAUCAAAAUGUAAGUCCAAUUUCCAGUAAAUUUGAUGAAGAAGAAUUGCAAAAGAUUUUAGCGAAAAAAGACGCGGAAUUUGAGAAAAUUUUAAAAGAUAAGGAAUUGGAAUGGAAUAAACAACUAGAAGAACGAGAAAAUGAUAAAAUUUCGGCUUUAAAAGAAAAGGAGGAUCUUGAUAAAAGAAUUUUGGAACUUGAAGAAUUAUUAAAGAUUACAGAAGAACAGAAACGUAAACUGGCCGCUUACCGUGAAGAUAAAGAACAGUUGGAAAGUCUACAAGCACAGGAAAUAGGAAAAGUUAAACAAUUAUUACUGCAACGAGAGAAAGAAUUGGCAGAAAAAACUUCAUCGUUAAAAGAAAAUAGUGAUUUAGUUGAGUCUCUUCGUGGUCAAAUAUCACGAUUGCGACAUAGUGAACAGGAGCUAAGUUGUGUUCAGGACGAAUUGGAAACCUUGCGUCAUGCAUCUGCUCGUGAAAAAGCGGCAUUAGCUUCACAAUUGGCACAAAGUGAAGAAGAAACACGCCAUUUACGUGAUCGUGUUGAGUUACUAGAAAAACGUGUUAAUAAUGUUGAAGCAGAUAAUACUGAACCAGAUGAUAAAAUGAAAGCUUUACUAUCCGAACGUAAUCUUUUAGAACAACGUUUGGAAGAAGCACAUUUUCAUUUAGCUGAUAUAAAAAGUUCAUGGAGUGAAAAGAUUACGUCGUUAGAAACACAAGUGGGUCGAUUAAGUCGACAAGCUGCUGAGGAAGGUACAGAACGUCGUAGAGCGUUAAAUGAACGUGACAUACUUAAGGAGAAAGUGAAACAAUUAGAAUUUGAAGUUGAAAAAAGUAAACAUGAAAUUGAAACACGUGAAACGAAAAUUAACCGAUUAGUAACUGAAGUAGAUGAAUUAUCAGCUGAGUUACGAGAUUUACGAACGGAGUCUGAUGAAGAAGUCACAUUUUUACGAAAACAAAUUGAAAACACUGAUGAUGAAGUACGCGAAUUACGUGAACGACUAGCAAAUGUUGAAUUACGUGCAGAGACCGUUCAAGCAGAUUAUGCACGUGCUUUAGCUACAGCUGAAUUGGAAAAAACAACAAAUAAACAAUUACACAGUGAAAUUGAACAAUUGAGAAUUGAUUUGAAAACUGAGCAAGAUAAAUGUAAAGAGAUAUGUUCGUCAUAUGAUAAAGAACGUAAUGAUAAAGAUGCAACAUUAUUACGAAAUGCACAAGUAUCACAAGAAGUUGAAAUUGCACGUCAACGAAUUGCAAAUCAAGAUACUGAAUUGGCUGAGUUAUCAAACCGAUUAGCUGAUUUAGAAAGAGUAGUCUUAGAUAAAGAUUCGCAAUUAUCAAAAACAGAAUCAGAAAUUACAAGUUUAAAAUCGAAUGUUAAUAAAUUAGAAGAAGAUGUUUUAGAACGAGAUAAGAAUAUAAAAGUACUACAACAACGAUUAGCUAUCAUGAAGAAAACAUUACAACGUGAAUUAAGAUCGAAUGAUUCAGAUACACAAGUAGAUAAUUUAAAUGAUAACACCAUUAAUUUACAAUCAAUAAAUAAUAGUAAUACAUCAUCAAAUACACCAGCAGCAGUGUUACAACCUACAUCACAAACAACUAAAUACGUUGGUACAAAUGAUUCAGGAACAUCAGCAGCAUCAGCAUCAAAACAAAACACCAAUACUGAUGAGGAUGAUAUUAAUUUUAAAUAUUUAAAGCAUGUUAUUAUUAAAUUUUUAACUAGUCGUGAAUACGAAGCUAAACAUUUAACACGUGCUGUUGCAACACUUUUAAAGUUCUCACCGGAAGAAGAACGUUUGUUACAUGAAACCCUAGAAUGGAAAAUGUCAUGGUUUGGUUCACGGCCAAAAGUUGGCAAUGGUCAAUUGGCUAAAGCAAUACCACCUAGCUGAUAUUUAUUUUAAUUGCAUUUGUUUUAUUGCAUUUAUUCAAUGCUUGUUUUUAAAAAUUUCAAUACAAAAUGAUUCAUUGAUCAAGUCAAUUUGGACACCUGACCUGUAUAUAAACGUAGUAGAUGUUGAUGCAGAGCUCAACUUUUAUUUAUAACCAUUUUAUUUUUUAGUACAACUAUAAGCCGGAAUGCAUAGGAAAAGUUGGACAAUAGCACCGAUUUUAAUGAAACUUUCUGUAACGUGUUUAUAGGAUCAAAAGGAAUCUUCAGCCAACUUAACCUAGUCAUAAG